AUGAGAUCCUGGCAGCCCCUGGUCCUGGCACUCCUGGUGCUGGGAUGUUGCUCUGCCGCACCUGCRCAGCGCCAGCCCGCCUUUGUGGUCUUCCCCAGAGACCUGAGAACCACCAAUCUCACUGAUAUGCAGCUGGCACAGGACUACCUGUUCCGCUACGGUUACACUCGUGUGGCUGAGAUGCAUACGGAUGCACUGUCCCUGCGCCCAGCACUGCUGCUUCUGCAGAAGCGGCUGUCCCUGCCCCAGACUGGUCAGCUGGACAGCGCCACCCUGAAGGCCAUGCGAACCCCACGCUGCGGUGUCCCAGAUCUGGGCAAAUUUCAAACGUUUGAGGGUGAUCUCAAGUGGCACCACCACAACAUCACAUACUGGAUCCAAAACUACUCAGAAGAUUUGCCRCGCGACGUCAUCGACGAUGCCUUUGCCCGUGCCUUCGCCGUGUGGAGCAAAGUGACGCCGCUCACCUUCACUCGCGUGUAUGGCCGGGAGGCAGACAUCGUCAUCCAGUUUGGUGUCGCUGAGCACGGAGACGGGUAUCCCUUCGACGGGAAGGACGGGCUUCUGGCACACGCCUUUCCUCCUGGCCCCGGUAUUCAGGGAGAUGCCCACUUCGAUGAUGAAGAGUUGUGGUCGCUGGGCAAGGGCGUCGUGGUUCCUACCCACUUUGGAAACGCAAAUGGAGCCCCCUGUCACUUCCCCUUCACCUUUGAGGGCCGCUCCUACUCCGCCUGCACCACAGACGGCCGCACCGACGGCGCUCCUUGGUGCAGCACGACCGCCAACUAUGACASGGACCGCAAGUUCGGCUUCUGCCCCAGUGAGAAACUCUACACCCAGCAUGGCAAUGCAGAUGGCAAACCCUGCGUGUUUCCAUUCAUCUUCGAGGGCAAUUCCUACUCUGCCUGCACCACCCAAGGUCGCUCUGAUGGCUACCGCUGGUGUGCCACCACCGACAACUAUGACCAGGACAAGCUAUAUGGCUUCUGCCCAACUCGAGCUGACGCAACUGUGAUUGGGGGCAACUCCGCCGGGGAGCUGUGCGUCUUCCCCUUUAUCUUCCUGGGCAAGGAGUACUCCACCUGUACCAGCGAUGGCCGCAAUGAUGGGCGCCUCUGGUGCGCCACCACUUCCAACUUCGACAAUGACAAGAAGUGGGGCUUCUGCCCAGACCAAGGAUACAGCCUGUUCCUUGUGGCGGCGCACGAGUUCGGUCAUGCGCUGGGUCUGGAUCACUCUUCCGUGCCAGAGGCGCUCAUGUACCCCAUGUAUCGCUUUCUGGAGGGCUCCCCGCUGCACGAGGACGACGUGAAGGGUAUCCAGCAUCUCUAUGGUUCUCGGCCUGAACCUGACCCAAGACCUCCGUCCACCACCACACCUGAGCCGCAGCCCACCGCUCCCCCGACGGUCUGCCCCACCGCACCCCCCACCGCCCGCCCCUCAGAGCUCCCCACAAAGGGCCCUACAGGCCCCCCUUCAGCUGGCCCUACAGGUCCUCCCACGGCUGGUCCUUCUGAGGCCCCAGUGACUUUGGAUCCUGUGGACAGUCCCUGCAAUGUGGACGUUUUCGACGCCAUUGCGGAGAUCGGGAACUAUCUGCACGUCUUCAAGGAUGGACGGUAUUGGCGAUUCUCUGAGGGCAGAGGGCCCCGGCUGCAGGGCCCCUUCCUUAUCGCCGACACGUGGCCCGCGUUGCCCGCCCGACUGGACUCUGCCUUCGAGGAGCCACUCUCCAAGAAGAUUUUCUUCUUCUCGGGGCGCCAAGUGUGGGUGUACACGGGAGCGUCGGUGCUGGGCCCGCGGCGUCUGGACAAGCUGGGUCUGGGCUCUGAGGUGACCCAAGUCACCGGGGUCCUCCCGCGUGGCGGGGGCAAGGCGCUGCUGUUCAGCAGGCAUCUCUUCUGGAGGUUCGACGUGAAGACGCAGAGAGUGGAUUCCCGGAGCCCCUCUCCGGUGGAUCAGAUGUUCCCCGGGGUGCCCUUGAACACGCACGACAUCUUUCAAUACCGAGAGAAAGCCUACUUCUGUCAGGACCGCUUCUUCUGGCGAGUGAGUUCCAGGAAGGAGGUGAACCAGGUGGACCAAGUGGGCUACGUGACCUAUGACCUCCUGCAGUGCCCUGAGGACUAGGGCUCCCGUCAGGCUCCAGCRGCGCAGUGCAGGUCCCCACGGGACCUCCCCACGGGAAAGAGGCCAGUUUGCAGGAUACAAACUGGUGAAGUCUUCUAAACACA